AUGGUCACUGAAACUACUCGCACCGCCCAGCCCGAUACUCCUACCAAGCAGAUUGCUGGCAAGCUGGAGAGCACGACACUCAAGUCACCCGUAAAGCAACAGCUUGUGUUUGAUAGUCUCGAUGAUCUGGACCUCAGCCCCAAUGCGGACAAUGGAGCCGAAGAGCCGUUGGAAGAUUAUCGUCUCCGCUUUGUUGGAGAUGUCGACCUCGACGAAAAGGACGAACCCUUGCUCAAGGAAUCCCGCCGCCGCUUUGUCCUGUUUCCGAUCCAGUACCAUGAGAUCUGGCAAAUGUACAAAAAAGCCGAAGCCUCGUUCUGGACUGCUGAGGAGAUGGAUCUCUCUAAGGAUUUGCAUGACUGGGACAACAAGCUCAACGACAAUGAGCGCCACUUCAUCUCGCAUGUCCUGGCUUUCUUCGCUGCCUCUGACGGAAUUGUCAAUGAAAAUUUGAUCGAGCGAUUCAGUAAUGAAGUCCAAGCAGCAGAGGCGCGAUGCUUCUAUGGCUUCCAGAUUAUGAUGGAGAAUAUCCACUCCGAGACCUACUCAUUACUCAUUGACACAUACAUCAAAGAGCCAGCACAACGUGAAUUUUUGUUCGAUGCGAUCGAGACUAUCCCAUGCAUUAAGAAAAAGGCCGAUUGGGCAUUGAAGUGGAUUUCCGACCGUCGCUCGACGUUUGCGGAGCGUCUUGUUGCAUUUGCCGCGGUCGAGGGUAUCUUCUUUUCCGGUUCCUUUGCUUCUAUCUUCUGGCUCAAGAAGCGCGGAUUGAUGCCUGGUCUCACGUUCUCCAACGAGUUGAUCUCUCGUGAUGAGGGCAUGCACACCGAUUUCGCUUGCUUACUAUUCUCUCAUUUGCGCAAGCGCCCUCACCCGGAGACAGUGCGACGCAUUAUCGUAGAGGCUGUUGCAAUCGAACAGGAGUUCUUGACUGAUGCUCUCCCCGUUGGCCUGAUUGGAAUGAACGCAAGGCUCAUGUGUCAGUACAUUGAAUUUGUUGCCGACCGUCUUCUUGUCGCACUAGGCAACACCAAGGAGUAUAAUUCAACCAAUCCUUUCGACUUUAUGGAUAUGAUCUCGCUUCAGGGCAAGACCAACUUCUUUGAGAAGCGUGUCUCGGAUUAUGCCAAGGCAGGAGUAAAGACCACCUCAACCGACCCCGCCACUGAGCCUACGCAAACCGCUGCCUCUUCCAAGCUUUUCUCGCUUGACGAAGAUUUCUAG